CCGAAGCGAGUUCCUCCUCCUGUAUCUCCAAAACCCCGCGGACCUCCAACAGCACCCAAACCAGGCAAAGCAAUAGUAGCCUCGGCGACCAUGAGCCCGGGCUCGGCGGCCACCAGCCCCACCCCGGCACCCAAACCCUCCUCUCCACUCUCCGCUGCCCCGCUUCCAGCUCCCGACACCCCCUCCGGUUCAUCCCUCUCUCCAGGCCUCCCUCUUACAUCCCCCUCUCCGGCCCAGAGUCCCUCCACCCCAUCACCACACCCCGUCAAACCUCCCCGCUCCUCCAUCGCCGGCCUCUCCAUCGACUUGCUGGGAGUGCAGGAGGAGGAGGAGAGGAAGAGGGAAGAGGAAGAGCGGAGCAGAGAGAGGGAACAUAAGAGGUACAAAGAGCAGGAGGAGGAGGAGAGGAAGAGAGUAGAGGAAGAGAGUCAGAGCGAGGAGAAGCCCUCGAGGGAAGAAGGCGCUAGAGAAGAAGUGGAGAGUCAAGUGGAGGGAGCGGAGCCGGAGGAGGAGGGGGUGCAGCAUCGUUUGGAGGAGACCAGCGCCUCCUUGGCUGCAGCUCUUCAGGCUGUGGAGCAUAAAAUCAAAGAGGAGGAUGCACAAAAUGACUCUCUCUCCAGCAAAAAGUCGACAGUCUCCAUCUUGGACGACAUCGGCAGCAUGUUUGACGACUUGGCGGACCAACUGGAUGCAAUGCUCGACUGAUCCCCUGCCCACGCCUCAUCUCCAACAAACCCUUCCCCCUCUCCCCCUCCUCCAUGUGUAGGUACAUCAAGACAGCUCUCUCACGGCUCGACGCUGGUGCUCCGAGAGCGUGUGUGUUUGAGAGCGUGUCCCUCUGGUGCGAGCGCUUCUCAUGUAGCCUUGUACAGUAAAACUGAGGAGGGAGUCCUCCUAACCUGGUGCAGUAGCUCUGUAGUUCACCUCCCGGUGCGAGGAGGCCGCUCCCACACAACCUCUGACCUCUGCAGCCCAGCGAGCCGCCUCCGUCGCCACCCUGGCCUCAGGAGCGGCGUGGACCGAGAAGCACAAUCAUUUCCCCUCAUCCUUUGAAACUCUACAGACUCUGGCUUAGGACAGAGACGCUAACCCAGUCAGACAGGGAGACAGGCCUAUAAGCACAUUGCUUGAAAAAUAAGCACAUAAACUGACAGACAGGCAGAUGAACAGACAGACAGACAAUAUGCAUACAGAUGAGAAUUUUUAAAAGCACAUGGAAGCAGACAGGCUGCUUUCCGAGUCUGUCUCACUCCUGCGAUGUCAACAGGAUGCAAUUUUCCAGAUGAAUCGUAGCCUCUGUUUCUCUUCUGUGUGAGUGGAGGAUUGUGGGUAGCUGCACUUCCUGAGCUGUGUGUUGUCUCCGUUCAUGUUGCCGUUGUUGCUGUUGUUAUCGUUGUUGUCUUUAAAAGAGUGUGUGUGUCUGUGUGUGUGUUUGUGUGUGUGUAUUUCCCUGAUGCUCAUGUCAGUGUCCUCCCACUCGUACAGUAGUUGUACUCAUGAUCAGAGCGACGACAUAGAUGUGUGUCCAGGAUUUUUUGGGGACACACACAUGCAUAUACACACGCAUAUACACACACACACAUACAUAUUAAAUUUUUUGUAAUCUCGCUGGUGUUCUGUUGGUGUUUAGCUCCACCUAUGGAGGUUUGCUUGGAAAUGAAUCCACACACACACAUUACAAAGACUGAUACACACACAGACAUGUAAUACUGACUCACACAUAUUACAAAGACUGACACACACACACACUAAAUACUGACUGACAGACACACACUUAUACAAGCACACUCAUGCGGUGUAUCCCUUCGUCCUGCUGCAGUGAACAGUGUUUUUAAAAAUUAAUCCUAUAUUUCAAUGCUUUCUAUAGUACAUCCAGUAAACAUACAUACAUAGAGUUUAUAAUAUAUCUGGGUAUUUGAGCUUUUAGAGCUCCCUCUAGUGUUGGUUAGUGAAACUGCCUCUAAUCUGCCCCCCUUCUGUCUCGUCCCUUCUUUUUAAUCUCCCUUUGUGUCCUGUCCGUUAACUCUGCAUCUUUCUGUGCCUUGGUAGUUUUCUUUCGUAUGUUCUAAAUAUAUUUUAUACGUUUUCCUCUCUUAAAACCUUUAAUGAUUUUCUCGGUUUCCUCACAAAACCCUUGCUCCUUGUUUGUCUGUGUUGUAGCUUUAUAGUUUGACUUGUGAAUCCUUCAGUAUAUGAUCAUUGAAUUCAGUCGCCCUGUCUGAAGUCCUCCUGUAGCCAUUGAGAAGCCAUGUUUGAGCCCAUGUAAGCCCUGCUGUGCGCUGUUAGAAGUCGGCUCUGCUCCUGCUCGGCUCCCCAGUUUCCAGUGGUCCCACAUGUAGGCCCGACAGUGGAUCAGCCACCGGUGUUCAUCCCAAUGAAGAGUCUACGUGUAUUUUUAUGCUCUUUGAAAACAAAGAUAUAUUUGAGAGACAGAUGGUUCUAUGUGAAUAAUAAUUAAAAUAAUAAUGAUAAUAAAUGGUAAUUCUAGACGUUGAAUCGAGGUGAGCUGAUUGAGCCUGUGCAUUUCUGGUUGAGUUCUGGAUGUGUUGUGACGGCUGUUGUGCCAUGGUUGGGUUUAGGUUGUGUUUCUGCUGUGGUGAUGAUGAUGCAUUCCUGUACAGCUGUGAU